AUGGGCGCUCAGCAAUCCUCUGGCCGGGACAAUAGCGAGGGUAUCUCCCAGCCCGCCAAAACAUGCUAUUACGAGCUUCUGGGCGUUGAGCGCGAUGCAACCGAUGACGAGAUCAAGAAAUCUUACAGAAAACGCGCUCUGGAGCUCCACCCCGACCGGAACCUUAGCGAUAUCCAGAAUGCGACCCGUCGCUUCGCCGAGGUCCAGGCUGCAUACGAAGUCCUUUCAGAUCCCCAAGAAAGAGCUUGGUAUGACUCCCAUCGCGAGGCCAUCCUACGCGGUGUCGACCCCGAUGACUCGGACGACCGCAGCCCCGAGUACAACAACGUCAAGCUCACGUCAACUGACGAUAUAUUCUCCCUAAUCCGCCGCUUCAACUCUACCGUUCCCUUUACUGACGAGCCUUCCGGCUUCUUUGGUAUAGCCAAGGCAACCUUCGAUCACCUUGCCGACGAAGAGAUUGUCGCCGGCGAGUACGCAUCAGGAGACAUUCAAGAUUAUCCUUCAUUUGGCUUUUCUGCCGAUAGCUAUGAAGCCGUUGCCAGGCCCUUCUACGCCGCCUGGGCAAGUUUCUCUACCCGCAAAACCUAUGCCUGGAAGGACAAAUAUCGGCUUUCGGACGCCCCAGACCGGCGUGUUCGACGCCUCAUGGAAAAGGAGAACAAAAAGGCGCGUGAAGAGGCCAUUCGGGAGUUCAAUGAUGCCGUCCGGUUCCUUGUCACCUUUGUACGCAAACGCGAUCCCCGCUACCUCCCAAACACACAAACAGCUGCAGAGCGCCAAGAGUCUCUGCGCACUGCUUCUGCCGCUCAAGCGGCCCGAUCCCGUGCGGCAAAUAAGGAAAAGCUCUCUGAAGCGUUUGUUCCUGAUUGGGCCCAGGCAAGGGAUGAAGCGGACGCAGGCAAUCAGUUUUUUGAAAGCGAAGAAGACGACUCAGAGGUGGAAGAAAUUGAGUGUGUAGUGUGCAAAAAAACGUUCAAAAGUGAGAAGUCGUUUGAGGCACAUGAAAGAAGUAAGAAGCAUCUCAAGGCUGUGCAGCAAUUGAGGCGUCAGAUGAGGAAUGAAGAUCUGGACCUGGGCCUUAAUGAGACGCCUACCAUGCUCGACAAGGGCACAUUGAUGGAGGAUACACAGGGGGUUCCCAACGAGCAACAAAAGCUUGAUGCUACGGAAGGGACAGCGGGAAACCCUGUUGAGUCAACGUUGCAGCCUCAAGUUGCCGAACUGUCCUACGACUCAUCCGACAGUUUGCAAGAUGACGAGUAUGCCUCGCGUGCCGAUGUCGAGAAGAGACUUUUCGCCAGUGACACCCUCCAUACCGAGAUAAGCCAGGGCAGCGCAUCAAGAGCCGACUCCGGAAAGCACCUAGCCAGCUUGGAAGACCUGUCGCUCGGUGAUGACGAGGAGAAAGCUGAUAGCACUGGACGAACUCCACCCAAGAAGGUUGGGAAAGCCAAGGCGAAGCGUGAAAAGCGAGCGGCUCGUCAGGCAGCCGAAGAAGACCAGACUUCUAAACACACCUGUGGUAUUUGUAAGGAAUCAUUUGCCUCUAAGACGAAGCUCUUUACACACAUCCGGGACCUCGAUCACGCAGCGCCUAUAGUGAAGCCUGUAGAAGGCGGUAAGAAGAAACGCUAG